UAUAUAUAUUCAUCUCUUUAGCAAAUGAAACAAUUGAUCUUGGUUUCUUCUUAUUAGUGUAGCCUAUUUAAAAGACUCGAUAAACAAAAACUUCUUAUGACUGUAUUGUUUACUCGGCAGGUGGACGUGACGUCACGUGGGGUCGCAGUACGCCAAAAAAUAACAACAUGCACGUCCGCAUAAGUGCCUCCCUGCAUUCUAAUAAGCUAGUCCCCCCCACCAAAACUCGGCCGAAACAUUGCGAUGUAUUGAAUUGAGAUACAAAAAAACAAGCUGCCGCUUCGCGUUGCGCGUCAUGCGAGCGCAUUCAAACAGGAGUCGGUGUUACUCGGGCGUUUUUUACACUGUUGCGUCGGUAAUAACAGCAGCACACUGACUGAAGACAGCAGCGUCUCGCGACUCCGAGCGGAGGAAUAUCAACAGCGCGUGUUGUGCGUUUGUUUUUAGCGCUUUUUUAAACCACUGACUCGUAAACACGCGAAACUUUGCAUCCUCGAAGGAGAUACAUUCACUUCUUUUGAUUCUCUCAUACUUGGACUCUUCUCUUCCAAACAAACACGGACAUCAACUGAAAGUUUCCCCUCAGGGAUGAGACCUGGUAUGGCCGUUGCUCAUAGCGCAGCAGGCGUACUCUGAAACCAAGGCGAAAGUGGUAUUAAGUCAUGAUGCAGGAGUCGGCCAAUGAGACAAUAAGCAACAGUUCAAUGAGUCAAAAUGGAAUGAGCAGCCUAAGCAGCCAAUUAGAUGCUGGCAGUAGAGAUGGAAGAUCAAGUGGGGAGACGAGCAGUGAAGUAAGCGCAGUCGAGCUGCUGCAUCUGCAACAACAGCAGGCCCUACAAGCAGCAAGGCAAUUACUCCUACAGCAACCAGGCAGUGGCCUGAAAUCUCCAAAGAACAACGACAAACAGCGUCCGUUGCAGGUGCCAGUGUCUGUGGCAAUGAUGAGUCCACAGGUGAUCACACCCCAACAGAUGCAGCAGAUCCUUCAACAGCAGGUCCUGUCCCCCCAACAGCUCCAAGCCCUCCUACAACAACAACAAGCAGUCAUGCUUCAGCAGUAUGUCUUUCCACAGCAACACCUGCAGGAGUUUUAUAAGAAACAACAGGAACAACUCCAUCUACAGCUUUUGCAGCAACAGCACCCAGGAAAACAAGCAAAAGAGCAACAACAGCAGCAGCAGCAGUUGGCGGCACAGCAGCUGGUCUUUCAGCAGCAGCUCUUGCAAAUGCAGCAACUGCAGCAGCAGCAGCACCUGCUCAACAUGCAGAGGCAGGGCCUCCUCUCUCUGCCCCCUGGCCCAGGACAGCCCACCCUCCCCGGACAGACUCUGCCACCAGCUGGUCUGAGCCCCGCCGAACUCCAGCAACUUUGGAAAGACGUCACCACUAGCCACGCCAUGGAGGACAAUGGGCUAAAACACAGCGGCUUGGACCUGAGCACCACAAACAACUCGUCCACUAACUCCACCAGCAACCCCAAAGCAUCUCCGCCCAUCACCCAUCACGGCAUCUCCAACGGCCAGUCCCCAGCCCUCAACAACCGAAGAGAGAGUUCACUGCAUGAAGAGACUGGAGCGUCGCACUCCCUCUAUGGUCAUGGAGUGUGCAAGUGGCCAGGAUGUGAAAGUAUUUGUGACGACUUUGGACAGUUUUUGAAGCACCUUAACAGUGAGCACGCUCUGGACGACAGGAGUACCGCCCAGUGCCGAGUACAGAUGCAGGUGGUACAACAGCUAGAGAUUCAGCUUUCUAAAGAACGCGAGCGUCUUCAGGCGAUGAUGGCACACUUGCACAUGAGGCCUUCGGAGCCCAAACCAUCACCAAAACCGCUGAAUCUCGUUUCCAGCGUCACCAUGUCAAAGAACCUCCCGUCCGUCUCGCCCCCCAACUUACCUCAGACGCCCACCACGCCCACCGCUCCAGUCACGCCCCUUUCCCAGAUGCCCCAGGUCCCCAACGUUCUCAGUCCAGCCAACGUGCCCAGCAUGGGCGCCAUGCGCAGACGCCACACCGACAAAUACUCCAUGCCCUUGUCCUCAGAGAUCGCCCCAAACUAUGAGUUUUACAAGAACGCCGACGUCAGGCCGCCGUUUACUUAUGCAACCCUCAUCAGGCAGGCUAUCAUGGAGUCAAGUGACAUGCAGCUAACGCUCAACGAAAUCUACAGCUGGUUCACACGCACCUUCGCCUACUUCAGACGCAACGCCGCCACCUGGAAGAACGCAGUGCGACACAACCUCAGCCUGCACAAGUGUUUUGUCCGGGUGGAGAACGUGAAGGGUGCUGUGUGGACCGUGGACGAAAUGGAAUAUCAGAAACGCAGAUCUCAGAAGAUAACAGGGAGCCCAACGCUGGUCAAGAACCUGCCAUCCAGUCUGGGUUAUGGGGCGGCUCUCAAUGCCAGCUUACAGGCUGCGUUGGCAGAGACCUCUUUGCCGUUGCUGGGUAAUCCAGGCUUGAUGAAUAGCGCGUCAGGUAUGAUGGGGGCGAGUCCUCCAGGACUGAUGAGCGGCAGCCCGACCGGCCUAUUACAGGGCACCACGCAUGAAGAUCUCAACGGCACACUAGAUCACCUGGACACUAACGGACACAGCAGUCCCGGAUACUCCCCACAGACCCAACUAUCUGGAUUUUUAGCACUGAACUUGCAGUGGCCUCCAAUUCACGUCAAGGAGGAGCCACUGAACAUGGACGACGAAGACUGUCCGAUGUCAUUGGUGACCACAGCCAAUCACAGUCCUGAGCUGGAUGAUGACCGGGAGCUUGAGGAGGGCAACCUAUCGGAGGACCUGGAAUGACUAUUUUGCCCCACCCCUCCGCCGUGGCUCUGCCCCUUUCAGGCUCCGCCCUUCAACUAAUCCACAACCACCGCAAAAGCAAAAAGACUGAACGCAGGAGGCGGGAGUAUUUAUUUAGCAUGCAUCUGGAGACUGGCCCGAAGAAAAUCUAUACAGCAGAUCUUUAGGGACCACAGAUGGACAGACAUGAGACGUCUGCUUUUUAAAAACAAACAUAAAAGGAAGAACAAAAGGACAAGACUUCAUUCGAAUCAGCUUGGCCACCUCACACAACGAACACGAGGCUCAUGGACCGAAAAAGACAGAAGUGAAACGGGAGCGAGUCUGUUCUGUAGAAAGCCAACGGCCACAUAUACUGCCAAAAAAAAAAGAAGUUUUAAGUUUGUGAAUAUCCAAGCCACAGUAGUCGUCGGUGUUAGAUGCAAUUGCUGGUUCAAUUCAAGUUGUUGCUCUGUUAUUUUUUGCACAUGAGUAGUAUCAGAAAUUAGUGUCACUGCCUGUAUGUCGAGAAAAAAAUUUAAAAACAAGAAAAAAAAAGCUGUUUUUUUGUUGUUGUCGUUGUUGUUGUUAUAUUUUUUUUCACCGUUGCCGUUUUGUUCCUCCCGCGACUUAGCUUAUGUUCAUUUCAAGUCAUGUUUGCGUCACCACCAACUGUAAAUGGCAUUUCUUAAAGUCACGUCAAUAACACAACCGUGGUAUCAAGACUGUUGCAGCCGUCCAAAAACAAGUACACAAAAAAAGUAGGUCUCGAGUCUCACUAGCUCUGUUUCUGCUGAAAAGGUGAAAUGUGAUUCAGUUCGCACCACGCCGAGAGGAAAAACCUGAAAGAAAAAGAUGCGUUUCUGCAUAUUCUUCUAGUCUCUUUACCUCCUUGUUCUAAAGCUUUGUCUACCUGCAAAGAGUCACAGGCAACAGCUAGAAACCAAAGCCAACACUAUCAACGGCCAAUAGCUUAGACAGAAGCCGCCAGACUCUUUGGUCAGACUUCUGUGACUUUAACUAGUACAAAGAGAAGCUUUUUUUCCACUAACUACCUUCGAAUAACCUCUGGGAUUGUCUCCUUUAGCCCUGUACAAAGAUAAAGUGAUUUUGAUGUAAUUUGAUCAACAGACAGAGCUCUCGCUCUGGCCUCGUGAUGUCGGUCGACCCCGUUUGCGAAUGAAACGGGAAGACCUCGAUUCAACUAACCGUCAUGAGGUCCGGGUAGAGCAAGAGAGCAGCUAUAAAUGGAUCAUGACCAAAAUAACCAUUUGUGAAAGUGCAGAAAAAAAGUGUUUUUUUUUUUUUUAAAUUUACUUUUGUAUUCCUUUUUUUAAAUAUUAUUAUUAUUAUUUGCGUAAGCCAUCGUGUCAUCGUUUUUACUAGUGAAAUGUACUGUUCAUUGUGACUGUCCAGCGUGUCAUGUCUUAUAUCCGUCAAUUUCUUCAGAGCCGAAACCGAAAAAUAUAAUAACCAAACUUUAAGAUAUCUAGUGAAGCCAAAAAAGUCAUGAUUUCAAGUCGAUAUGAAAUGAUGUGGCUUGGUUAUAUUGUAAAAGCAAAUAACAGAGCCAUGACAGGAAGAGGACGAAUCCUUUUCCCGCUGACGUUUGCUUUGCUCCAUUGAUUCAGACUCAUUGUAUAAUUCAUGGCUAUAUGGACACAGCUAGUGUUGGAUCAUGGGAAGGUUUGUGGUUAGACCAUGUAUGGUGUAUAAGUAGCAACCGGUUAUUUGAGGCGAAACAAGACACGAUCGCUCGCUUUUAUUUGAAAGUUGCUGAUGUCAUCGAGGAAAAGUGGUUGUUGCUUUAAAGUUUGUUUCUUUUUCAGUCAAACCAAAGUUAUACAGAUUUCUGCCUCUUCUUAUACAGCAGAUGGAGACGAAAAUAACGCAAAGCCUGUUUCCUUUUCUUCUUUCACUUUCUUUGAUUGUUCUCUAAUGCAGAAAACCCAUUUGAAACGGAUAACUGCUUUGUGUUGUAACCGAUAAUGUCAAAGUUUGUAUCUGUCUGUGUGAAACAUACUGUGCAGUUGUUCCCGUUUCGUGCCAAACCGAGGGGUUGGCUGCUAGUUUAGCGCACACACACACACACACACACACACACACAUGCAUAAAAACACACACUAAUAAGACAGCGGAACUGGAUCCAGGAACAAAGCAUAUCCCUUAUCCUUUGCUGGAGUCAGCAAAUUGACUUGAAGAUGACAUUCAUAAUAAUUUUAUGGCACCAAAUAUAAGGACACAGCGUCUUUGAAUAAGAAGAUACAAAAAGGGUUCUCCCACUUAUCCAAAAAAGGCUUCUACCUCUUCACAAUACGAAAAAAAUGGCAGAUUGCACGAGUCGUUAGAACGCCACCGACACAUUUCUCCGCCUAAUUCAUGCAGGACGUCGCCAAAAGCGCCAGUUUACAUUCCCAAAGGCAGAUGUGGAAGGUUUGCAUUGAUCUAGUUUGUCCUCAGACAUUUGUAGAAUGAAUAUGUAAAAAUACCUGUAAGGGGAUAUUGUGUUAUUAAAAAAUGCAUGUCUAAAUUCAUUUGGUGGACUGGAAAUAAGAAUUAAUUACCACAUAUAAUAAUAAACGUCAGGAUGAUGAUGUUGAUGGACUAAGUGCAUAAAGUGUGCAUACCUCAGCUAUACUGUUUCCGGGGGAGGAGGAUGAUGAUGAUGAUGAUGGACAAAAGAAACUCUCAGCCACAGAAUGCAUAUUACCUGUAGAGUUUGCAUGGGUUUUGUAAAAACAUUUAAAAAAAUGUCUAAAAUAGUUGCUUGCACAUAAUACCAGAAGAACCUCCAGAUCGGCAAUCUCCUCCAAUAGAUUUUAGGAUUGUCUGGGUUUUUUUCUGGGAUGAUUUUGUCUGUAUUUUGAUAAUUGUGCAUAUUAUGUAAAAAGAUACAAAAAAAAAAAUGUUGGUGGACCCAUGAAUUUACCAGACAUUUUUUUCUAAGCUAAAAAGAUCAGUGUUUUUUUUUGUUUUUGUUUUUGUUUUUUCCUGAAUUUCAUGAAUUUUUACUGUUCUCUCAUUGCUUGCUAAGAAUAGCAAACCUGCUUUUCCUGCAUCUGCGUUGCGUAGCUGUAAGGCUUUUCCUAAUGUGUGUAUUUAUUGCUUGUACCUCUGUGCAUACGUUCUGAAGCAUUACGUCUGGCAGUUGAGUCAUGUAUCCUUUCUAAUAACUAUCAUUCUCUGGGAAUAUGAUCCCCUAUGUAUACAGUAAAUUGGGACUGUAGCAAAAAAAAACAUGUUUAUGUAAUUGGUGAAUACCUUUUGGUUGUUUUUGCCUUUUCGUUUGGUUUCGUUUCCUUCGAAUCGAGACUCCUUUUUGAUACUUUUCAUUACCGUGUACUGUGUCCAUAUGUUACGGAUUUCUGCGAGAGUAGAGGUCACGAUUGAGAACUGUAACGGCCGUUAUUAUUUUCUGUAUUCAUGGCUUUUCACUGCUGAAUAAAAUAAAGGACCAAAACUAGGAUUUGAAAA